AUAUAUAAAGCCAACCACGACCACCCCACCCUAGCUCUCUCUCUCUCUCUCUCUCGUUCUGCUUUUCUUAUUUUCUCUCUUAGCUAGGGAGAUGAUGAGAUGAAGCAUCUAUGCUAGCUAGCCAUAUUGACGAAUUUUAUGGAGAAGGAUAAAAGGUUAGAGAAAAAUAUAAAACCCGAAAAUCCCAUGUCGAAUUUAACAUUUUCAGAUCAGAUUCCGAUUCCGGCCACAUUGGCCGCCAUACCAAACAUUUAUGACAUCCCAAUAGGUUCAGCACCAAUGGCAUCAUCACCACCACCAUCAUAUGGAGGUGGAGGUGGUGGAGCUGCUCAUCCACAUGAUCAUGAUAUGGUGAAGAUGGAGUCUUUUGGAUUUAUAGACAUGCUAACAGUCCCGGACUAUCCAUGCCCUUCCAUAUAUGAGAUGGUAUUUCAGCAGCUACCUCCCAUGAAGUUUCAAUCUCCCCCCCUUUCCCAGCCCCUGCUUCAGCCCCAGUCCCCUCUGCCGCCCCCACCUCCGCCAUCCAACCAUAUUAAUAAUAAUAAUGCUCCUCCGGAGUCAUCUGACGUGGCCACCACCCCGGCCACCCCGAAUUCGCCUUCCGUCUCUACUUCAUCUAGUGAUGCUCAGAAUGAUGAUCAACAACAGAACAAGACACCGGUGGAGGGUGAACAAGAAGAUCGGGAUCAAGACAAGACUAAGAAACACUUGAAGCCCAAAAAGAAAAACCAAAAGGGGCAAAAGGAACCGAGAUUUGCGUUCAUGACUAAGAGUGAGGUUGAUCACUUGGAUGAUGGAUACAGAUGGAGGAAGUAUGGCCAAAAAGCUGUGAAAAACAGCCCAUUUCCCAGGAGCUAUUAUCGUUGCACCAGCCCAUCAUGUGGUGUGAAAAAGAGGGUGGAAAGAUCAUCUGGUGACCCAACCACUGUGGUUACCACCUACGAAGGUACUCACAUGCAUCCUACACCACUAACUUCUCGCGGCAGCCUUGGCCUUGUGGCGGAAAGCUCCGCCAGUUUCAUUUGUGGCCCAAGUGGUGUUGGCAGUAGUAAUGGUGGUGGUGGUGCUGGAGAAGCUGUCACCAUUGGUGCUGGUUUUGGAGGUGCAGGUUCAGGUUCAGGGCCAGGUCCUUCCUCUUUUUUCCCACCACCAAUGUCGCAGUAUCAUCAUCAACAACCACAACAAUUUCAACAACAGCAGCUGCAGCAACUACCCUUUUUCCGUGUUCCAACAGCUCCAGCAUCCCUGAAUUUUAACACCCAUAGUUCGUCAUUUGCUCAUAUGAUAGUUCAAGAGAGCAGCUAUUGCCCUCCUCCUCCAUCAUCGUUUGUGGAUAAUGGCCUUCUUGAGGAUAUUGUGCCGUCCGAAAUGCUGAUCAAGGAGCCCAAAAAGGAGUAGAAGCCCUGAUUACCUGUUACAUAUGGAUCCAAUCAAUGGGGUAUGUUAGCAACUUAGCAUCUAGUGCUUAGUCGUUUUAGUUACUGACUAAUGAUUUUGGGAGUUAUCAUUAGGUUCAUGUGAAUGAAGCCUGCUUAAACUUUUAGUGCCUCGUAGACUCUCAUGUAAAAUGACUAGAUGAUUUUAGCUUUUUUCUUCGACAUUGUUGUACUUAGUUUCGACCUUUUUUCAA